AUGGUGAUGGCUAAAGCAGCUAGGAACACGGUUGGCAUCCUCGGGAACGUUAUAUCUUUCGCUCUUUACCUCUCCCCAUGUCCGACAUUUCAUAAUAUCAUUAAGAACAGGUCGGUGGGGGAAUUUAAGGUAGAUCCUUACCUUGCUACUGUGUUGAACUGCACCUUCUGGCUUAUCUAUGGCUUGCCCUUUGUGCAUCCUGACAGAAUCCUUGUCCUCACCAUCAACCCCAUCGCUCUUACAAUAGAGCUCAUCUACAUAGGCAUUUUCUUUUACUAUGCUCCAAACCAGGGAAGGAAGAAGGUGGUCUAUUGGCUCUGCGGGGAAGUCAUCUUCGUUGCUACGGUGUCGCUGGUUUUCCUGUUGGUUUUUCAUGACCACAAGAGAAGAAUCCUUGCUUUUGGAAUCAUUUGCGAUGUGUUCAACAUCAUAAUGUACAGCUCCCCUCUUACCAUCAUGAAAAAAGUGAUCUGCACAAAAAGUGUGGAGUACAUGCCCUUCUAUCUCUCCCUAGCCAACUUUCUCAAUGGCUGUGUGUGGACUGCAUAUGCCCUCAUCAAGCUCGACAUCUUCAUUCUGAUUAGCAAUGGGCUUGGGGUGCUAUCCGGUGCGGUGCAGCUCAUACUCUAUGGAUGCUACUUUAAGUCCACGCCGAGAGAUGAGAAGGUGGUUGACGCGGAGGCUUCUCAAUUCCAGCUCUCUAUUUCUGAUGGACCAGCUAGAGUGUGA